AUGUCAGAAAAUAUAUGUCAUCGUUACAAGAAGCAAACCCAAGAUAAUAAUAUCCUAACACCACCACCACCUUUAUCUGAUAUUACGCGACAAAUCAACAAUGUAAAUUGUAGACUUGAACCUUUUGAACCUGUAACUCCAACUCCAGCUCUACCACCGAAAAAAAGGAUAAAGUGCGAUAAUUUACAGAGUAAUUCUCAACUAUCUUCGCGUUCAAAUAAAAAUUUUAAUCCAUAUUAUGGAUUAACAUUACAAAAUGCAUUAUUUCAAAGGGAAAUUUGGGGAACUACUGUAAUGGGUGGUUCAACCAUGGCUUCAAAAAGAUGGAAUGUUUCAACACGUUUUUUUAUAAAAGAUUUCAAAAACACGGAUAAUGAUGUAUUUAGAUUUCUUGGUGAUAGAAAUUUCGUUGCACCAUUCGUUUGUUCUUUCAGUCAUGUGGCGCGUAACGGAAAGCUUCUAGCCGCAGCAGACGAGGAAGGGAUGGUGGGUUUUAUUGAUGCUAGAUAUAAUAACACUUUGGAACUUCAACGGGUUCGUACUGAAUUUCGUGCACAUGAUAAUGCUGUCUUUGAUGUUAUGUGGAGUCAUGAUGAUUGUUCAAUGGUUACCGCCUCUGGUGAUCAAACUGCGAAAUUGUGGGACGUGGAAUCACAGCAAUGCAAGGCAACAUUUGGUGGACAUACUUGCAGUAUCAAAUCAGUUAAUUUUAAUCCUUUAAACCCAAAUUUGUGGGUGACAUCUUCAAGAGAUGGAAAUAUAUUUAUCUGGGAUACCCGCUCAAAUGGAUUACGUUCCGAGGGUGAAAUAUUCUUUAAACCAGUUAUCAGCAUUCGAAAUGCACAUUUACACGACACCCUAAAAAAGAAGUCAAGAAAAUGUUUUCAACUUCCUCCAAUUAGAAGCAAACCGACUAGCAGUGUAACUGGAGUGCGGUUUUUGAUGCAUCAGGAUUUAUUAUUGGCAUCAUCUGGAGCUAGUAAUAGUAUUAUCAAGUAUUGGGAUUUACGAAAUCAGGACGCGUCAAAUAAUCCGAUACCGGUUCAAACUUCUAUUAAUGGUUCCUUUGCCAAACGUCCUCAUGGAAUUUCAGAUUUAAUUUUAGAUAAAAGUGGUACUCGUUUAUAUGCCAAUAGUACAGAUAAUCAUAUUUAUAUGUAUGAUGCUACAAAUCUAGGAGCUUCUAUUGGUUGUUUUACUAGUCCAAAUUACAGAUGUUCUUCAUUUUAUGUUCGAUUGGCUUGCUCACCUGAUGGUCGUUAUAUUGCAAGUGGAUCAAGUGAUAAAUCCAUUUAUAUUUGGGAGGUUGAUUUCCCAAAUGGCGACCCUGUUAUUUUGAAAGCUCAUGAAAAUGAAGUUACGAGUUUAAAUUGGUCAAAAGAUAUUGAAACCUUUGCUUCAUGCUCUGAUGAUACGACUCUCCGUAUUUGGCGUAUUAAUGGUUCUGAAAAGUAA